UGAGAUGUCAAUCAUCCAAACCGUAUAAAAUCUAGCGAAGAUCUCUUUAUUGCAGAGUUACAAGAGGUCUAAGUGUAGAACAUAAAACUUCGCUUUUCGUACAAUGACUCGCGAAGAUUUACCGAAGUCCUCCGAAUCAUUUUCGUGGAUUUGGAUUCCAGGCUGGUUCAUAACAAUGCUUGGAAUCUUUGGAAAUGCAACGGUAAUUUAUCUUAUCGCCACAAACCGACGUCUUCGAAAGCAAGUCAACUUCCUUAUCGUUUCUUUGGCCGUUGUUGAUUUCCUCUUCAGUUUGAUGAAUUUUCCGUCGUAUUUCAUUUGUGAAUUUUACCUUCCGUGCGACAGACAGCUUCGGGAAAUCUUCGCCACGUACUUCGCUUUUUUGUCGUUGACAAACUUGUGCGCCGUGACAGUGGACCGUUAUGUCGCCAUAGUAGUGCCAUUUAAGUACGUCUCCUUCGUGAAGGCAAGAGGGGUGAUGACCAUUGUGAUAUGCAGCUGGCUUUUACCAACUGUGUUCUAUUUCCUUGUAGCGAUAUCCUUAGCAAACACGGCAUCGAAAGAAGUAGUGACAACGUUCAACAUUUUAAGGGUUUUUGUGUUUCAACUGAUGCCGUGUUUCUCUUCACUCCUUGCGACAACACGCGUGUUUUACAUUGCACAUAAACACCCAAGAAAGAUGUCAAGACAACGGACGCAAUUGCAGUUUAAUCACUCCAUCUCGACACUCAGGCCGAAAGGCGGCUUGGAAAUUUCGUCCGCGAGGUUAGUCGCUGUCGUGGUUUGUGUAAUGGUUAUUUGUUACAUCACAGACUCGUACUUCGAUCUCCGUUCAUAUUUUAACUCUUCAUAUCUCCCUGCGUACGAAACAAAUUAAGUAAGAUGUCUUCUUUAUAUCACGAAUUCGGCCUUUAACCCGGUGGUAUAUGCACUGUUGAAACCAGACAUCAAACAGGAAGUUAGGCGACUAUUUCGACGAAAAACUUAUAAAUAAAUGGACGA